GUUGGAGCGUGGGUAUUUCAAACUAAAUGUGAUAUUGAUUUGAGGAAGCAGCGCACUACAGAUGCUUUCUUUUCUUUCGUGUGCGCACAUGGUCGCACAUGUCUCCGCAGCCUCAGUGCCCAACUUCGCCGUGGCCACGGCCUCCGGGUGUUUGCCAAAACCGAUUUGUCUGCCAUGGCUCCGUUUGUGGCUUUGCUGUCUUCGCUGCUGGUGACGGUGCUCGCCAUGCGCUCGACCCAGCAGAAAGAGAGUCUGGGAGAAGUGGCUUCUGCUCGCACGAAGUCUGCCAAGGAGCAGCUGGCGGAGAUUUGGAGCGAGGUGGAGGCCGACGAGGGCGAAGCCGCUCCGAUGCCUUCGGCGCUGGGGCCGCUGCGCUUGAUGUCCGCCGCCGAGGACCUGCCGCUGAUUGGACGGGUGAUUCGCUGGGCCAACGUGACGGAGGACUUGAGGAGCACCUUCUCGUGGCGCAAAGAUCAGCCGUUGCCCCCCGGUCACCAGAAGCUGAUCCACCCGGUGGGUUCGGUGGCGAAGAUCCAUUUGGAGUGGGACCACGCGAUGAUGAGCAGCCUCGGCUUCACAGGGGUCUUCGCGAAGGACCAGGAGCAAGCCUUGAUCCGCAUUGGCCCUGCGGGUGCCUUGAAGAAGACGGGCAUGGCGCCUGGAGUUUCGGUGAAGGUCUUCCGCGACUUCAAGGAAAGGCUCUCCGGAUGGCCUGCCAUCCAACAUCGAAGAACAUCACAUGAGCCACACGAGCCACGGCGGUCGAACGAACCACAAGGUGUGAACACGCUGAUGCUCUACUCCUUGCGAGGUCAGGAUGGCUUCAGCCACUUUGAACACACUCUUUGCAACAAGCUCUCGGACUUCAGGGACAAGAGCUUUGCAGAGAACUUGCUGCUGAAAUCCUUCAAGAAGGCCUCCGCGUACCCCUUCACCACGGGCUUGAGCCAGUGGGCGGAGCAAGAUCAUACCUCGCCCAAGUUUCCCUUCGUGAUUUGCUUCAGGCCCAUGGACCAUGUGAGAGCCUAUUUCGAGCGCUUUAAGGAUGAGCCCUUUGAGCACAUCCAGGAGCAGUUGCAGCACCUCUCCGCGGGGAAGAAGAUCUACGAGAUCUACGUGGGCACCGGUCCCCGCACGCAGCUGAAGCCCGUGGGCCACGUGAGCCUCGUGUCGGAGUUCCACAAGACCAAGUUCGGCGAUCAGAAGCUCUUCUUCCGCCACGACUGGUUCGAAGAGGAUUUGGAGUGGAUGCCUGCGUGGAAGGACUGGGUGGAUGCUGAAGAGUUCUGGUAUGAGGAAGGGGCCAACAACUUCUACAGCAGCAUCGAUCCUUCCGAGCAGAAGGAGGUUGGAAACCAAAACGCCUGGGUCGGUGGCUACAACCCCUCUUCAGGCAGUGAGAUCGUGGAGAACUUGAAGACCUACUUGCCCUUCUUGCCCUGGUCCUGGGUCUCCUGGAUGCAGCGCACCGAAGCCGCUGGCAGCAGCGCCAGCACCGGCGCCGGGCUCCAUGAGACGAGCGGCCAGGCGAGCGCUCAGCGCCAUGUGGAAGCCUCCGGCUGUCCCUUCGCAUAUUUGCACCAAGGAGACAGCAGCUUCAUUCACGCCCUCCUCAAGUGACACCAGCAGAGGAGGGGCUGAACAGGCUCCUUUUGGGACCUUCAGGAGUAUUCAGGGAGCAACGGCUCACCUGCUGCGCUCCAAACAGGCGCAUGCACUCGCAGCGAAUAGGACGAGCGGACCGGUCGGAAAAAGAAGAAUGGCGGGGCCUCGGGCAGAGGGGCGGAGCUGCAAUCUACCCGGGAACAG